AUGAUACAAAUGAGGUCAAUGCGUAUUGCGCUGAGACACUUCGUAUACAAGAUCAAUGAAGUUGAGUCUGAUAAGUGCCCCUGUGGAGAAGGCUCUCAGACGCCGAGACACGUCUUGCUUCAAUGCCAGACAUACGGCGCAUUAAGAAAGACGCUUUUUGACCAGUUGCACAAAGCUGGAAUGAGAGAACUGACCAAUUAUGAUACUGUUGUAUCAGACCCGCUGGUAACCCGCUACGUUGCCCAAUUCAUGCACCGAACCGGCCUACUUGCUCAGUUUCAACAUGCUGAACGACAAGAGUCCGACGAUGAAACCGGAGACCGCGAGAUCAUGGAGCAGAGUCCCGAAGACGCUGGGCACUCACCACCGCUUGCUACCACGUUUGAGGAAGGAGAGAGUCUCACUCAGCUAUUCGAAUACACGCUGCCGGACUGGGCGAUCCCUAGACGGCCUGAAACAACAAUGAACAGCAAUCGAGGCUGA